AUGGCAAACGAUUUCGCCUCUGCCAUGACCACCCGGUCGCUCCGCAUGGUCCGAACCGAGCUGGAAUUCUUAGCAGAUGCAUCCGUGAUCUCACGCCAACAACUGAACUCUAUUCUCUCACAACUGCCCAACGAGUCCGAUGCUCGUUCCGCCCCCCAACACCGCGAGGCUACGCCGGUGAUGCCCACACCUUCACCCUUGCCGGAACCCGUGCAGGCCCAGCCCGCUCCAGCUCCUUAUUCCCCUCCCGUGUCACAAAUGCACAAUGCCUCGUUGAAUGAGAAAGCCCAGCUGCACAACCAAUAUGCCUCCCCGCCUCCUCAGAUGGCCCCGCCAGCCUAUCCCCAAGUCCCUGCUAUUCUGUCUCUCGCCUCGGCGUUGUAUGCAUACACUCCCACCGAUGCGGGUGAUCUUGCUUUGCAGCCGAAUGACCGUAUUCAGGUUAUUGAGCACAUGAAUGAUGACUGGUGGCGUGGUCGCAACGAGCGCACCGGUAUGGAGGGUAUUUUCCCUCGCAGCUAUGUGAACGUCUUGAAUGAGAAGGUUGGCGGUGCUCCCCCGCCUACCAACUAUGGAAACAUGCCUCUGGAAGUUAGCCAAGGUGGACCUUCGGCUGAAUCCAACGACCCGAACCAGAAGAGCAAAUUCGAGCAGGGCGGCAAGAAGUUUGGCAAGAAACUGGGUAACGCUGCAAUCUUCGGUGCCGGUGCUACUGUUGGAUCCAACAUCGUGAACAGCAUCUUCUAA